ACGCUGCGACAGAUACUCGCCAUAUCUACCUACGGCUUCCGCUGAACACCUCGAGGUCGGAUCCUUCUCUUUCGAAAAAAGGACGGAGGGAAUCAGCAUCCACAACACCACUACACCACAACCCUACGUGCAUCGCUUGAUCCUGGUAUACUUCCUAGCACCACAAAAAACAACGCCCCAUUGCUGUUGAUCACCAUCCAUUGGCAUUGCUAUCCACACACAACCCCUCACCAUGGGUCCUCCCUCCCAUACGGGCGACGAAGACCGUCCCGAUCCGUCCCCCACCAACACGCGCCGUAGUUCGCGCCUGGAUCCCAUCAACACCACCGGAGCCCGACAUGACGAUGCCGGCAUGAACCCUCCGGAUACCAGCUUCCACUCCACCGACAUUGUGCGGAGGUUGCCAGACCCUACAGGCCCUGCUGGUGCCGUUCACAGCCCUACCGCCGCCAGCAUGGCCAAUGCCGAGGGCGCGCCCUCUAUCACUGCCUCCGAGCGUGAACGUACCGUUUCCCGAGCAUCCCAAACCGGCAUCCCUCGUUCUCCCAUGGUAGGUCCCGAUCGCGGACGACCACGACCUCGCAAGCCCCCAAUGACACGACGCACUUCGUCCAACGUCCAGGCCCCCCAUCGAGGCGAGGUCUUCUCCGUCGAUGACGACAUAACCGAAGUCGAGGCUGAUGCUGCUGAGCGCCAGAAGAGCUACAGUGGCUCUACAGCCCGCAGGCGACUCCCACCUCCUGCUCCCUUGUCCCGAGUACACUCGAUUCUAGACGAAGAUGGAGCAAACGAUAGCCGCGAUCGAGAUCCCCCGGACGUCAUUGAAGAAGUCGACACUCCGGCCCCGGAAGAGGAAGUCAAUCUGCCUCCUCCAGCCGAAGAAGAUAGCGCCGAGGGUGAGACCCCGGUCGAGGACGACGAUGGCGAUAUCAGUGACGCCGAAAGCUUCACACUGAAGGACCGCCAGCAGGCAAUAAACGAAACACACCCCUUCGGCAUCAGGCUAUGGAAACCAGCCUUGUACAAAAAACACCGUUCGGUCCAAAAGACGGCCGAGGGAGAUAUCCACUCGUCACCUGGAGGACACGUCAGUCGAUGGCUGCUGUUCUUUAACAUCAUGUGGACCUUGGCCUUUGGCUGGUGGAUGUCCCUCAUCGCUUAUACGGGCGCCAUUGUCUGCUUCGUCUUUGCCGCCGCUCCUAGUGGUCGAGAGUACGGACGAGUCCUCUGGGGUCUUGGUGGCUACCUGUUCUAUCCAUUCGGCAAGUUCAUCCGCUUGGAGCAACAGGAUGGCUAUCUGGACGAGGACCAGGGCGAAGGCAGAAGCAUCAGCGAGUACGAGCAGUGGCAGAGUGGUGACCUCGAGGAUGGUCGCCUAUUCUUUGGCCCCGAGCGAGACCGGUCGAUUAUUGGUCACUCCCGCCGGAGUCUGGACUCGGAACCGGACGAGACGGAGAGCCUGCUCGGCCGCGGUCGUGGCCAUGUUUCCGAUUCUGACCUUCCUCGUAUGAAGAGAAGACUGUUCGGCCGUGGUCAAUGGAAUGUUGGGCGAGUCAUCUACUUCCUUUUCUUCUACACCAUGAUUAUGCCCUCGCUCUUCAUUGUGUCGGCAAUCUGCUGGUUCCUGGUGUUCUGGAUUCCCAUGGGCAAGGUCACCAUGCUUCUCAUCGACCAUCUUCGACGCCAUCCGCUGGCCCUGUGGUUCGAAUCCGAUAUUUCGACUGCCCGGGCCUCCACCACGCCGCACUCUUCCAUCCUCAUUUGCACGUAUCGUGCUGUCGGUAUAAAGUACUGGAAGUAUACCAUCGACGGAACCAACAUUUUCCUGGUCAACCUGAUGGCUAUCGUCAUGUUUGUCAUCUUUGACUGGAUUGUCCUUGAAGGAAUUUUGGAGAUCCACAACUUCCUUACCUCGCCCGCCUUUUUGUUCGUCGCCGGCCUUUUCUCCAUCAUCCCCCUUGCCUACUUCAUUGGUCAAGCUGUUGCUUCCAUCUCCGCACAGUCGUCGAUGGGCUUCGGUGCUGCCAUCAAUGCAUUCUUCUCUACCAUUGUGGAGGUGUUUCUCUACUGCGUUGCUCUGCAGCAGGGUAAAGCACAGCUGGUCGAAGGAAGCAUUGUGGGGAGUAUCUUCGCCGGUAUUCUUUUCCUUCCGGGUAUCUCCAUGUGCUGCGGCGCCAUUAAGCGCAAGACACAACGCUUCAACGCCAAAUCAGCCGGUGUGACAUCGACCAUGCUGCUAUUCGCGGUCAUUGGCGCCUUUGGUCCGACUUUGUUCUACCAAAUUUACGGAACCCACGAGCUUACCUGCCAGGAUUGUAUUAACUUUGAUCAUCCCAGGGGCUCAGUAAGAGAUUGCCGUCGUUGUUACUUCUCGCAGACCCCUGCUAUGAAUGACCGCUUUUAUCUGGAGGCAGUCCGUCCCUACUGCUACAUCGCCGCUGGCCUGCUGUUCUUGUCGUAUAUCAUUGGUCUUUGGUUUACUCUUCGCACCCAUGCCGCCGUUAUCUGGAAUACCGAUGCGGAUGAGAAGAAGCAUGAGGAUAACACAGCUCGCAACAGUGCCCGACCUUCGACGGUGCAGCAUACCUCGCUCGGUGACACCACAGGUGCUGACGUUCGUGACUCGCAUCUCUACAAGCGCAUUCUCGGCCAAUCCCUUCGCCAAGUCGGUCACCAGGGCCCCUCGGACGAGCCGCAACGGCCAGGUUCGUCUGUCUCAGGAGGGGCCAAGACUAACGGCACUCCCCAUAUGGUCCCUCCCAAAUCGACUGGAUACGGUGCCACCGACAGUCAACAUGCGGCCACCAUCCUUAACAUACCCGGCUUCUCUGAUGCCGAGAAUAACAAUCUCGUGCACCAGGUCGCUGAAAUUGCAGCUACCGCCGCCACCGUGGCAGCCAGGAACUAUUCCAGCCAAAGACGUACUUCGCACCUCGGAGGCUCUUCGAUAACAGGUCAGCAACAGUCGGCCCCGGGAAGCCGCCGCGGCUUGAUCCGUACCGCAACUUUCCCGGAUGCCGAUGAGGCUGGCGGCGAGUCUACUACUGCUGCACACGCAGGAGGUGGUCACGAUGCACCCAAUUGGAGCCGGCUCAAGAGUUCUAUCAUUCUCAUGGGAGCCACCGUUCUCUAUGCUGUCAUUGCCGAGAUUCUGGUGGACACUGUGGAUGUGGUUCUUGAAAGCUUUGAGAUUGACGAGAAGUUCCUCGGCAUUACGCUGUUUGCCCUUGUUCCCAACACCACUGAGUUCUUGAACGCCAUCUCCUUUGCUAUGAAUGGCAACAUUGCGCUCUCCAUGGAAAUCGGUUCAGCAUAUGCCCUGCAAGUCUGCCUGUUGCAAAUUCCGGCACUCGUGCUAUUCUCCGCCAUCUAUCCUCCGGAUGUACCGGUCGCAGAUAUGGCACGCUAUACCUUUAGCCUCCUCUUCCCACAGUGGGAUAUGGUCACAGUCAUCCUGUGCGUCUUCCUUUUGAGCUACAUGUACGGCGAAGGGAAGAGCAACUACUUCAAGGGCAGUAUCUUGCUUCUGAGCUACCUUGUCGUUGUUAUUGGCUACUACUUCAGCGGCUACAGCACCGGACUCGAGAAAUCUAAUGCUGGCAUCAGCCGCUUCGACACCCUUGGUGAUGACGGACAGUACAUGAGCUACAGCUUUAAGACUGUUGGGCGAGGUACUGGUGGUGUCGCUUACUGAACGAUUACUGGACACCGAGUGUCUCAUUUUGUUUUGAUUUCACGAUCAAUACCCUGGGGAGCAUUGGCCGCCAACAGUUGAAGUCAGCACAGUUAAAAGUUUUGGAGGCGGUCUUUGGGCGACCAUGACUGUAUA